UUGUACUUUUUCAGGCUGUUUCUUUUUUUCCGAAAACUGGAAAAAAGUGUUUCUCGGAGUUUUUCUUCCUCGAAAAGAAAACUUCAGUAGUGAAUUCAAAGCUAUAUUUUUGUGAGUCUGUGCCAAGAAACGCGUGUACCCAAAACAUAUGAUCUUCUAAUGCUUUAUUCUUCCAAAGUACCUGUGAGCCCAACAAAAAAAAAAAGUUUCUUCAUAAUAUCCCAGCUGUCACCGGACACAAAAUCUUGAGACAUUUCGCGAGGAUACCAUCUCUUGAGGUUUGAGUCUUCAUUUCCCACUGUUGAGAGCUGGCGAAAAUCUGCGGAAACAUGAAUUCGAUUUCCGACGAAAUAACCCCGGAAACGAGUUGCGAGUCUCGUCGAAUCGAUGAUUCAAUCAGCGACAAAAACGGGAUGAAAACUGGAUGUUCAACGUCAAAAAGCGGGGAUUCUGAAAAUGAUUCCUGUUCAGAUUCUGCUCUGCUCCAGUUUGUCGUCGACCUCGUGACUUCAAAACGUUUGCUGACUUCACAAACGAGUUUUGUCAAGAAAAUAUCCUCGGAAGCUGUCAUGGAGGAUGAUCGGAAAGUCGUCGAAUUUGUUUUUCCCGAGCUCUUCGAGAACGGAACAAAAGGGAGCAUAUCUCUUGAUUCGGCAACAAAUGGAGUUUCCGACAGCGACCUCAGAAAAUUGUUCUCUGAAGCCGUGAAAUUCAGCGUGAAAACUGGAAAUCCGUAUUUCCGAAAUCAGCUCUACGGAGGAGCUGAUCCUUACGGAGUCGCAGCUGCUUGGCUAGUCGAAGCUCUCAACACCAACCAGGGGACGUUUGAAAUCGCGCCAUUUUUCUCAAUGGUGGAGCGAGAAAUUCUCAAGCAAAUUCGUCACCUAAUUGGUUGGAAUUCUGGCGAUGGCAUAUUUUCUCCCGGUGGCAGUGUUGCCAACAUGUACGGCAUUGUAGCCAGUCGUUACAAAAAAUUCCCGAAUUCGAAAACCCAAGGGCUUCAUGGGUUGCCACCCAUGGCAGUCUUCGCCUCCGAAGACAGCCAUUAUUCAAUCGCCAAAAGCGCACAUUGGGUCGGCAUCGGAACAGAAAAUGUGGUUCCUGUUCGAACAGAUGAACUCGGUCGAAUGAUUCCGGACGAUUUGGAAUGGAAAAUUAACCAAAGCAAGGGUGCAGGGAAGGUGCCAAUUUGCGUGAUUGCCACCUGUGGAAGUACGGUUUUAGGUGCAUUCGACCCACUUCCCGAAAUCGGAGCCCUUUGCCGAAAACAUGAUCUUUGGCUUCACGUUGAUGCAUGUAUGGGCGGUGCUGUGAUAUUCAGCGGAAAAUUUCGCCACCUCUUGAACGGCGUAGAAGAAGCUGACAGCUUCAUUUGGAAUCCGCACAAGAUGCUCGGAGCACCUUUGCAGUGUUCAGCAUUCCUCAUAAAAGAACCCGGGUUUCUUUUGGAGUGCAACAAGGCGUCGGCGGCGUAUUUGUUCCAGCAGGACAAGUUCUACGACGUCUCUUACGAUUCUGGCGACAAAAGCGUCCAGUGCGGACGAAAAACGGAUUCCUUCAAGCUGUGGGCCAUGUGGAAGGCCAGGGGAACGUCGGGGUUCCGAAACCUGGUUGAGAAUGCGUUCCACUGUGCAAACUAUUUCUAUGACCAGCUGAAAGACAAGGACGGAUUUAAACUCGUUUUACCAGCAAAGCAAAGCGCCCAUGUUUGCUUUUGGUACAUUCCUGUACGAUUGAGAGGACUAGAAGAAACUGAAGAAUGGUGGAACGAAGUUAGUAAGGUGGCGCCAGAAAUCAAGAAACGGAUGACUUUGAAAGGCAGCAUGAUGAUCGGCUACCAGCCAUUGGCGUCCAAGAAGCUGAGGAACUUUUUCCGUCUGGUCAUCACUUGUCAUCCCUCACUAACCCAUCAACAUAUGGACGAAAUCGUAUCAGAAAUCGACAGGCUUGGACAAAAUAUUUGACACACUUUUUCAGCGAAAU